AUGAGAACGACCGCAGACUCUGAUAGUGCUACAUUAGAGAGUGAUGUUGAGAAUUCGUGUAACACUGACAACGAAGUGGAAACUGAUUCUGCGUCGGAAAGUGAUUCUGAUAAUGUAGAUGAUACUAGUAGUAAAGUAGGUGAUGAAUACGAAAGCGAUCCAUGGGCUCCUUUAAAAGCUGAUGCAGCCCAACAAAGUUUGUCGGAAUUUGAAGAACUAACGCAGAAUUUCACUGCAGAAGGUUUUGACGAAAACGAAGCUAAAGACAAGGCAUACUUACUUAUCCUACCAAACUUCGUAAAGGCUUGCAGAAUAUUUAUCUGGAACGUCUACUAUGGAUACGACAACUAAAGAGGGAUCCAUUACACAAAAAGAUUAUGGAAACCAGGGAUGUUUUUGUCAACAAUGAUAAUUUCGACCACAGGGAAGCGUUAGAAGCCGCUAUUGAUAAGAGAAAAUUUCUUUUGAAAAGACUUUUCAGAAACACAUGGUCUCCUAGUGACAUUGACCCUUAAUGGUUGUUUGUGUUUGGUUUAUAAAAAUAAAAUAAAAUACGAUCCUGUGUGGUAG